AUGGUUGCCGUUUCCAUACUCGCUUUGGGAGCUUUGUUCGCACAGGCGUGGGCUAUGCCCGCUGCCGUGGAGAGUGUCGUGAGCGCUGCCACCCCCACCACUGCGUCCACCUCCCUGCCAGUCGCUGAGUCCCAGCUUGAUAGCCUGGCUGGGCUGGCAUACAACACCACCCUCGAGAAUGUCUCGGGCGACUCGGACAUUGAGAAGCGUGGUGGCUGUUCAUUGCGUAGUCUGCGUAUUCGUCGCGAUUGGAGGACUUUCUCUAGCAGCCAGAAGAAGUCCUACAUCAAGUCCAUCCUUUGCCUCCAGGGGUUGCCCUCGCUCACUCCAUCCGACAAGGCCCCUGGUGCGCGCUCCCGUUACGAUGACUUCGUCGCUACUCAUAUCAACCAGACCAUGGAGAUCCACUACACGGGAACUUUCCUGGCGUGGCACCGGUACUACAUCUGGAACUUCGAAGAAGCCAUGCGCAACGAGUGUGGCUACACCGGCGACUACCCUUACUGGAACUGGGGCGCUGACGCCGCAAACCUGGAAAAAUCCCAAGUCUUCGACGGCAGCGACACUUCGAUGUCCGGUAACGGAGCCUACAACAAGUCCGUUGGUGACAUUGAGCUGACCCUGGCCAACUAUCCGGUAAUUCACCUGCCUACCGGCAACGGAGGCGGCUGCGUCACCAGCGGUCCUUUCAAGAACUACUCUGUCAACCUGGGCCCGAUGGCACUGAUGCUUCCCGGAGGUGAAACCGCAAGCGCCGCCAACCCACUCGCAUACAACCCCCGCUGUCUGAAACGCGAUCUAAGCUCCAAGAUCGUCCAGGACUACGCUAACUUCACCGCGAUUGUGGACCUGAUUCUGCGCCACGACAACAUCUACGACUUCCAGAUGAACAUGCAGGGUGUUCCCGGAAGCGGCAAUAUCGGUGUUCACGGUGGUGGUCACUACUCUAUGGGCGGUGAUCCUUCUCGUGAUGUAUUUGUUAGCCCUGGUGACCCUGCUUUCUGGCUCCACCACGGUAUGAUUGAUCGCACUUGGUGGAUCUGGCAGAACUUGGACCUCCACAAGCGGCUGAAUGCUAUUUCUGGCACUGGCACUUUCUUGAACGGGCCCCCUUCUCCUAACACUACUCUUGACACGCUCAUUGAUAUUGGUUAUGCUGGUGGCGAGACUAUUGCUAUGCGGGAUCUCAUGAGUACCAUUUCUGGUCCUUUCUGCUACAUCUACCUGUAA